AUAGUCUAUUCUCAAAUAAUAAAGCAUCUAAAAAAACUGCACAAAGAUGAGUUUAAAUUAAUGACAGAUUAUCUUGAAUACGGAUUCAAGUUCAUCUUAGUGUACAUGGCUUUAGGUAUUCUAUCUGUGUCAACACUGAAUGCUCCGUCCAUAUUCACAAUGAUUUCCAAUUUAUUUUUUGGAAGUACUAUGACUGACAAGCAACUUCCUUACUAUCUUGAAUAUGGCAUUGAUCACAAUAAAUACUACAAUUAUAUAAUUAUUCAUAUCGUCAUAUGUGAGUUAUGUAAUGGCAUCGUAAUAUUUGUACACGACUUAUCAUUUGUCAUAGUAGUACAACACACUUGUGCCUUGCUUACCAUUACCAAACGUCGUUUGACAAAAGCGUUGGAUGUUGCUGUAAGAUAUAGGGAUAGUCAAAGCACUUCUACAUCAGACGAAGCCCGCCGUCUAAUGAUUGUGGUUAUCGAUAUCCACGAUGAAGCUCUUCAAUUGAUUGAUCGUAUAGACGACGCUUAUCAUCUUUCCUGGUUUUUGAAACUUAUUGAAACAGUCAUUGGAUCAGGAGGCUUACUUUCAAUAGUGAUUGCCAGAUCAACAGAUGCGUGGGAUUUCAUCAGAUACGCGAUAUACCUUAUAUUCACAUUAGUCCAGUUUAACGUUGCAUUCAAUCGAGGUCAAGCCGUCAUUGAUCUUUCAUCCGCCGUAUUUAAAGCUUGUUGCGAUUGUGAAUGGGACAAGUUUUCGAAAGAUUCCGUCUGUUGGCUGCGUAUGAUCAUGACACGAAGUUCAAAAACUAGCUAUCUGACAGGAGGGAAAGUUUUUAUACUAUCCAAUGAAGUAUAUGGAAACAUGUUAAAAACUGCUUUCUCUUAUGGUGCUGUUUUCAACUCUUUUGUGACAGACGAUGAUUAAUUAUGGUCAACACUUUUAGUAAACGAAAUUCUUUAUUUUCUUGAUUAGAGUGAGUGAAACGAUGCGUCUUCAUAGUUCUUAAAAAUACACUAUAGUUAUUAAAAUAAUCUAUCAUUCAUCAGCAUUUUUUUAAAUAUCAAUACUUAAUUUUUGAAGUUACAAGUUAAAACUGUUUUACAACUUUGGUUUUUGUAGAUAUACUAAAUAAAAAUCUUUAUCCAC